AUCCCUAUCAGCGCACGGGCACAGGAAACAGUUGACAAAAUUCCGCUUCCAUUCAGUUGAUCAGAGCUGUUUGGGCUUGCAGGUUGCUUGCAACUUCCCACCAAGAUCCCACCCAAGAGUGUUUAUUCGCUUUAAAAAAGUUCGCCCACAAAGCAGAUCGUAAUGGGAAAACUCACAGGUCUGGGGCGAUUGCUAAUUGCCGUUACGUUCUUCACGUGCGGCUUCUUCGUGAACAUUGCCCAGCUGUUCCUGCACAUCUUUGUGAAGCCCUUCGACAAGCGACUCUGCCGCAGUCUCAUGUACUAUCUCACCUACUCCUUCUACUGCAUUCUUGUCUGUGUGGCCGAGUGGUAUGCGGGCAGUAGCGUUCGCGUCUACAUCGAUCCCGAGGAUGAGAAAAAGUACUUUGCCAAGGAGCACGGCCUGCUGCUGAUGAACCACACGUACGAGAUCGACUGGCUGACCGCCUGGAUGGUCACCGACAAGUUCGGCAAUCUCGGCAACACCAAGGCCUACGCCAAGAAGAUGCUCCGCUAUGUGCCCAUCAUGGGCUGGGUCUGGUGGAUGGCCGAGUUCAUCUUCCUCGAUCGCAACUUUGACAAGGACAAGAUUGUCAUCAAGGAGCAGCUGAAGGUGGUCUUCUCCUACCCCGAUCCCGUCUGGCUGCUGCUCAAUGCCGAGGGCACUCGCUACACCGCCGCCAAGCACGAGCUGUCCGUGAAGUUUGCCCAGGAGCGAGGCCUGCCCGUGCUCAAGCAUCACCUGAUUCCGCGCACCAAGGGCUUCACCACCAGCCUGCCCACGCUGCGCGGCAUCUGCCCGGCCAUCUAUGACAUCAACCUGGCCUUCAAGCGGGACGCCAAGGUGAAGCCCUCGAUGCUGUCCCAGCUGAACGGAGAGACGGUGGAGCCGUACAUGUACAUUCGCCGCGUGCCCCUGAGCGACGUGCCUGAGGAUGAGAAGGAGGCCGCUGCCUGGAUGCAGGAGUUCUUUAUGGAGAAGGAUCGUAUUAUCGACAGCUUCCACGAGACGGGCAGCUUCUUCAAGACCUCGGGCGUCAAGGAGGUUCCCAUGAAGAUGUACAAGCCACGUCUGGCCACGUUGCUCAACUUUAUUGGCUGGGCCACCGUCUGUGUCUCCUGCAUUUUGUAUUAUAUGAUCACUUCCUUCAUUGCGGGCAACUGGAUUGGGUUCUUCGCUGUCAUCUCCGUCUUGGCGCUUUUCUACGGCCUCAUGGAGCAUGCCGUGAAUGCCUCGAAGAUCAGCAAGUCCUCCAGCUAUGGCGCAAAGCAGGCUGCGAAAUAGAGAACAGAUAGAUACAGUACAUAGCGAUAUAUGUACGCAUAGAUCGCAUUUUAAAUAACUAAAAACCAUU